GUUUCAAAAUUCCCUCAGUUUGUCAUAUCAAGUAUAAGCAGCUGCAAUGCAUUGCAAUCAGGAUAUCGAAGCUCCUACGCAUGAGAAUCUUAUGUGUUUAGAAGAAUUUAGAAGGACCAUUUGUCAAAUAUACUUUGAAUUCGUUGGAUAUGAUGAGCUCAUGGCUAACUCAUCGCUGCAGACUGAAAUGGAAGCACUCGUUGAAGCAAAUAAAACGUUUUUACAGUUUGAAUCUCCGAGAUGCAUAUACCCUUUGUGUUUAAGUGUCAGUUCGACGCGUCUGCAGCACCUUGUACAUGAUAAUUAUCCCAAUGAAUAUAAAUUAUAUGUUGACAAUAAUUACAACCGUCGCUGGGAGAAAUUCGCUGUGGAAUCUAACUUCGUUGCAUUUAAUUAUGAACCAGUGCUCUUAGAAGCUGAACCUGCGCUGGCCUGUUACCUAAACAGUAGCGAUCAACGAUUCUAUCUUGUUAUGGAAAAUUUGAUAGAAAACGUUGAAAUGAAUUCGAUUCAGUACGCGUUUUACGUUCGACUGAGCGACACAGCUCUUGGAAUAAACCUUAUGCAUCAGCUCAAUUCUCCUUUAUGCAUUGCACUGAAUAUUCGCGUUGUGUUUCGGAAAUUGGUAUUUGAAAUACAACAAAAUAUUCGCUCAUCAAUACAUCAGCUUCAAAGUACAAUACCAAACCUUUUCUCAUUACUCCAAGACACACAAUGUAAUGGAAUGCCACCGCUGGUGGUGAUAGCAAAGGAGGUAGCUACGUUACUAAAAAACAAUAAUGUAACCUUACGUUCUAUGAGUCACAAUCAAUUGACCAGUAUUACCAACUCCGUACUAAUCUGGAUGGCCACACAUAAGCCGGAAUGGAUUCCAAUAACCAUCGAUCACACUGUCACUGAAGCUACCAGAGAAGCAACGGAAGAAGGCCAGUUCUGUAUUAUUUAG